CUUUUUGUGCUUGUGCUCGCGGAGCUCCCCACAAAUGCAAGCGAUCAAAUGUGUCGUCGUUGGUGACGGAGCCGUCGGUAAAACGUGUCUCCUGAUAUCCUACACCACAAACGCAUUUCCCGGAGAAUAUAUUCCGACGGUAUUCGACAACUACUCAGCAAAUGUGAUGGUCGACGGUCGGCCGAUAAAUCUCGGGCUCUGGGAUACAGCUGGACAGGAAGAUUACGAUCGACUCCGACCACUGUCAUAUCCACAAACAGACGUGUUUCUCGUAUGCUUUGCCCUGAACAAUCCGGCGAGUUUUGAGAAUGUUCGUGCGAAAUGGUAUCCAGAAGUGUCACAUCAUUGCCCGAAUACGCCGAUUAUUUUGGUUGGAACGAAAGCUGAUCUGCGUGAGGAUCGAGAUACUGUUGAACGGCUCCGCGAACGCCGGCUCCAACCAGUGAGCCAAACCCAGGGCUACGUGAUGGCAAAGGAAAUCAAGGCUGUCAAGUAUCUGGAGUGCUCGGCGCUCACGCAACGUGGUCUGAAACAAGUUUUCGAUGAGGCGAUCCGAGCCGUGCUCACGCCGCCACAAAGAGCCAAAAAGAGCAAGUGUACGGUGCUCUAAGAUGGGGAAAUUGGAGCAAACAAUCGCAGAAACUACAACAAUUUUAACUAUAUAUAUACAUAUAUCAUCUGGAUUUUUUUUGUUUUAUCGAUGAAUUUUGCUGUGAAAUUACCGGUUUUUAGGGAGUAAAAAUUGGCAAAAACUGAGCAUUUUUAGGCAAAAAACUCGCCGAUUUCCGUUCAAAGAAAUGCUCCAAAUCGGCUGAAAAUUACUAUUUUUUUUAACCGAAAAUCGGCCAAAUUUCCACUGAAAAAGCUCAAUUUCAGCCGAAAAUUUCUCGAUUUUUUUCCAGAAAAUUGUCCAAAAUCUGGGCGUUUCCACUCUCUAAAUCUGAAUUUCCAGCACACUUUUUCUCAUUUUCCCCCUCUAUUUUUAUCUCUAAAAAUUUGUUUUGUAUCAACGAUUUUUCAUCUUAAACUCGCUGUGAUACUUUUCUUACUUAUCCACCCCAAUUUUCAGCAUAUUUUGUGCUCAUUUUUGAGCCGAAAAAUGCUCAAUUUGUCCAUUCAUAAUUUUGUGCUUUUCCCCUUUUCCCACCUGAAAUAGGUCUUUUUUCAUCUGAAAAAUUGAAUAACUUUUCCCCAAAAACCACAAGUGCUUUUUCCUCUCUAAUUUUUAUCGGUUUAUUUUUUUUAUUUGAAAUUUCUUCGAAAUUUUUGUGAAAUUUCUUCGAAAAAUCUGAAAAUGUUUGGAAAUCUCUACGAUUUUUUCUAAAAAAUGUUCAAACUUUUUGGAAUUUGUUUGAAAAAUUAUUUGGAAUUUUUCUGAAACUUUUUUUCAAAAACUUUCGAUUUUUUUUUGUAAUUUUUAGGACACAACGAACCCUCUCUCCACAACCAAAAAUCCUCUUUUUUCUAUUGUGAAUUUGAACAACAAACUCGGCUCUUUUUCCCUUUUUUCUUACUUUAAUUGUUAAUUUCUCUUCUUUUUGUCCAACUUUUAUUAUGCUAUUUUAAUAUGAUGAUAUGAUAUUUUACCACACUUUUUUUCUAUGAUGGAAUUUUAAAUUUGAACAUUUUUUGAUGGAAAAAUUGGAAAAAAAAACAAUUCG